ACCUGUCAAAGAAAAGCAUUCCAACGCUGAUUUUCCCAGAAAAAAAUCUUAUCUUCAUCUCUCCCCGCCCGCUGAAAACUUUGCUCAACACUUGCUCUCCUGCCUCUUCCCCUGUCUCUCCUCUACUUUCUCGGCAUCCAAACAGUGAAUCCAAAACUAACAGACCACCAACGAGCUUAAUUCGCUGAACCCAAAACCCAAUAAUGGCAUUCACAACGGCUAAAAUAUCGGAACUUCCGCUGAGGAGCUCGCUCCCACUGAACUCCCACACUCACUCUCUGAACCUCCUCUUCUCCUCCGCCCCAAAUCUUUCAUUUCAUAUCCUUAAGCCCUUCUCCUCUCUCCGAACCUCCACCACUUCUACCGAACACGGUGGCGACUCGAAGCCUAAGCCCUCACCGGCGCCGAAAGCCAGGGCUUCCUCCGCUCCCUGGCUCAACAAGUGGCCCAAUCCUGGCCCUGCUGUUGAAUCAGCUGAUCGCCGCAAAUCCAACAGCAGAAACGUCUCCCCCUCGAACGACGAUGACCGAGUGGAGUCUCGGUAUUUCGAUGGAGAUAAAGGACAGAGUGCAAUCGAGAGAAUCGUGCUCCGGUUACGAAAUCUAGGGCUAGGUUCGGACGGCGAGGACGAUGGGUCGGAUGAGAUGGACGGUGGCGAUGCAAUGCCGGUGACUGGGGAGGAAAUUGGGGAUUUGUUGCAGAGAGAUUGGGUUCGACCGGAUUAUAUCUUAGCGGAGAGCGAGAGCGGUGAAAACGACACAGUAUUGCCUUGGGAGAGAGAUGAAGUUAAGGUUGAAGAGAGUGGAAAAAGGAGAGAAAGGAGGGUGGUGGUGAAGGCGCCAUCAUUGGCGGAGUUGACGAUUGAGGACCAGGAGCUGAGAAGGUUGAGGGGGAUGGGCAUGGUUCUAAGAGAGAGGAUUAGCAUUCCCAAGGCUGGCCUUACGAAGGAGGUGCUGGAGAAAAUUCAUGGCAAGUGGAGGAAGGAGGAGCUAGUGCGACUCAAGUUUCACGAGGUGCUUGCCCACGAUAUGAAGACUGCGCAUGAGAUUGUCGAGCGACGAACAGGAGGGUUAGUUAUAUGGAGGUCAGGAAGUGUCAUGGUUGUGUACCGAGGGAGUAAUUAUGAAGGGCCUUUCAGAUCCCAACCUGUGAAUAGGGAAGGUGAUGCUCUUUUUGUUCCAGAUGUUUCUUCUACGGAGAGUUCCAUGACAAGAACUGGUAGUGUUGCUACUUCAACUCUAGAAAAGAGUGAACCGGCUGUGAGGAAUCCAGACAGUCCUGUGAACAUGACAGAGGAGGAAGUUGAAUACAACAGCCUACUUGAUGGUUUAGGCCCACGUUUUCUUGAGUGGUGGGGUACAGGAGUACUUCCUGUUGAUGCGGAUUUACUUCCUCAAAAGGUUCCUGGUUACAAAACACCUUUCAGGCUUCUUCCAACUGGAAUGCGAUUGCGACUGACUAAUGCUGAGAUGACUAACUUAAGGAAACUUGCUAGAUCACUUCCUUGUCAUUUUGCCCUAGGGAGAAACAGAAACCAUCAGGGAUUGGCAUCCGCUAUUAUUAAGCUUUGGGAGAAAAGCUUAGUAGUGAAGAUUGCCGUUAAACGGGGUAUCCAGAAUACAAACAACAAACUGAUGGCUGAGGAGCUAAGGAAUUUAACAGGAGGUGUCUUACUGCUUAGAAACAAAUAUUACAUUGUCAUAUACCGCGGAAAAGACUUUCUCCCAACAAGUGUAGCUGCUGCUUUGGCGGAAAGACAGGAAUUGGCUAAACAGAUUCAAGACGUGGAAGAGAAAGUGCGAUGUAGAGUGGUGGAUACAGCUCAAUCACGUGGAGAGGAAAGACAAGUACUUCCAACAAGCGUCGCUGCUGCUGUAGCUGAAAGACAGGAAUUGGUAAAACCAAGUCAAGACAUGGAGGAGAAAGUGCAGUGUGAAGCAGUAGAUGUAGCUCAAGCAGGUGAAGAUGUGGAAGAGAAAGUGCAGUUUGCAACAGUGGAUGUAGCUCAAGCAAGUGAAGAUGAAGGGCAGGCACUUGCGGGUACUUUGGCCGAGUUUUAUGAGGCUCAAGCCCGGUGGGGAAGGGAUAUAUCUGUUGAGGAACGUGGGAAGAUGAUUGAAGAAGCUUCCAAAGCUAAGAAAGCAAGGCUUGUGAAACGAAUUGAACAUAAACUAGCAGUUGCCCAAGCUAAAAAGCUUAGAGCAGAAAAACUAUUAGCUAAAAUUGAAGCAUCAAUGAUUCCUGCUGGUCCUGAUCAUGAUCAGGAAACAAUUACUGAUGAGGAACGGGUUAUGUUUCGCAGAGUUGGUUUAAGAAUGAAGGCCUACUUGCCUCUUGGCAUUCGUGGUGUUUUCGAUGGAGUCAUCGAGAAUAUGCAUUUGCAUUGGAAGCAUAGAGAACUCGUGAAACUAAUAUCCAAACAGAAGACCCUUGCUUUUGUCGAUGAGACAGCAAGGUUAUUGGAAUAUGAGAGUGGUGGAAUACUAGUGGCAAUAGAAAGAGUCCCUAAAGGAUAUGCUCUUAUUUACUAUCGUGGAAAGAAUUAUCAACGGCCUAUUAGCAUAAGGCCAAGAAACCUAUUAACAAAGGCAAAGGCACUAAAGCGUUCAGUGGCCAUGCAACGUCAUGAGGCUCUUAGUCAGCACAUAUCAGAAGUGGAAAGAACCAUAGAACAAAUGAAAAAAGAACUUGGUGUUUCUCAAGAUGCAGAGGAUGAGAAUGCUGGGAGCUCUGAGGAUCCUAACCAGAUUGAUAGCAUUCCAGAGAUCACUCGGAGUGAAGACGAAGCUUCAUCCAUGAAUUCUGCUGGUGAAGACGACGACGACGAUAGUGAUUGGGAAGAUGAAGAAGAUUAUGAUAUAUCAAGCAGCAGAAUUGAUAAUCAUCGCUUGACCAAGAAUCCUUGACAUAUUCAUUAUGUUUAGGAAUUAACUGGUUGGCAAUUCUGUUGCUGCCUUUGUCCCAUUCAGG